AUGGAGUCGGUCGACGCUGCUGCUGGUUCUUCUGAUGGCCCUGGGCCAUCCCAAUCGCAAUUCCCGGGAUCCUCUUCGUCGCAAACUGCCGAUCUACAUAGUAGUGACGACGAACGCAGUCAAACCGGCCGUGAUGCGGCCGAGGAACAUGAAAGUGAAGAGGAUGACGAGGACGAAGAAGAGGAUGAAGACGAGGAGCCUCGUCUAAAAUAUGCCUAUCUCACCAAGCAUAUUCCCAAUCUAUAUCGUGGCGGAGAUGCAACAAGCACAUUCCUUGUUGGAGGAGAUAAGAUGAUAGUCGGAACACACAACGGAAAUAUACAUGUUUUGUCACUACCGACGUUUAAACCUAUCCGUGUUUAUACGGCGCAUUCUGCGAGCAUCACGUCUGCUUCUACAUCUCCAUUUCCACCGCCACUUCCAGGCCUUCGGUCAAACAGCGCAGCGAGACAUUCCGAGGACGAUAUUUACCCUUCAAUCAAGUCACCGAAUUCAUCCCUGCGAGCCAAGGGCAGAUCUAAAGAUUCUGGUCAGCCCACACUGCCGCCAACGCCUUCGAAUUCGAUUCAUAUAGCUACCUCGAGUAUUGACGGAAAUGUUUGUGUUUAUUCGCUGCUCGAACCCAAAGACGUCCUCCUUCGGAACUUUGGAAGGCCUGUGCAUGCUGUCGCGCUUUCCCCAGAAUACAAGAAUGAUCGAACAUAUAUAUCAGGUGGUCGAGCUGGCCAGUUGAUUCUCACUGUUGGAGGACGACAAGGUGUGACUGAAAACUCUACAACAUUGGGUGGUGCUGCAGCUACCGCCUCUGGAUGGUUUGGAUCUCUUGGUUUGGGCUCCAACUCCGGCAAGGACACUAUUCUGCACAGUGGCGAGGGCACCAUCAAUACAAUCAAAUGGUCACUGUCUGGAAAAUAUGUGGUUUGGGUCAAUGAAGAAGGUAUCAAGAUCAUGCGAACAAACCUGCAUUUAGAUCCAGCCGACGCAGAAUACGCAUGGACACGAAUAAGACACAUCGACAGACCAAAUCGCCCCCAAUGGGAAGAGAUGGCGAGUGUUUGGAAAGCACACGCUGAAUGGGUCGAUGAGAAAUUGCUGGGAGUUUCCGAGCUCAGUGAAAGUGGCCAAACCGACCCGGCUGAUACCCCUAGCCAGGCCCAGGAGGUCGAGAAACUUGUCGUGGGUUGGGGUGGGACGAUAUGGGUCAUUAACGUCUAUCCGGACCGCGUUUCGCCUGCUUCAAGUCGAGUGGGCGAUCGAAAACUGGGAGAUGCCGAGGUGGGAACAAUUCUUCGAACCGACUGUAUAAUCUCCGGUAUCGCUAUGUAUAGUCGGACUUUGCUUCUUGUUCUAGCAUACCUAGAAGGCGAAAAGGACGAUUCCGAGGGGCAUCCACAAAGUAGCCGGAAGCAAAAGGCAGCCGAACCCGAGCUUCGCCUCAUCGAUGUUGAAACGCAAGAAGAAGUCAGCGCCGAUACCCUCUCUAUCCAGCGAUAUGAGACGUUGUCCUCGUCUGAUUAUCAUAUGAGCAUUUUGCUUCCUCCGCGAAUCCCAACGGCUGCCGCUCAACGCGGAGCUCUGGGUGCAUUAGGUACAGGGCUUUUAGAUGCCACUCUAUACCCAGCGAGGCUAUUCACCUCAAAUGCUAGCAUCCGGAGCGCGGGAAGUAAUGGCGAUAGAGGCUCUGAUAGAGCCGCUAGCUCUUUUAUCUCCAACCCUGUCUCCACAUCAUCUACGAUGCCAAAAGAGUUGCAGACUGUGUCCACCGCCAAGGGAAUCAAAAUCUUCGUCCACAGUCCAUUUGACUGUGUAGCAGCUGCUCCAACGGAUCUAUCGGACCAUCUAUCGUGGCUUGAAUCACACGACAGGUAUGAAGAAGCCUGGAAACUAGUCGACGAGCACCCCGAGGCUGCAAACCCCAUAUCGGAAGGACAUAUAGACGUAUAUGCGAGGUCCCAAACCAGUUUGGUAGAGUUCUUUGCAGAUGACAAUGCUUCCGUGACAACCGCCGGCCAACCGACCAACACAAUCGCUGAAAAGGAGAAGCGGCGCAUUGGCGAGUUGUGGCUUGAGCAGCUCGUUCAAGGUAGCGAAUGGGAACAAGCCGGAGAAAUAUGUACAAAAGUCCUAAACACAAGCUCUAGAUGGGAAUUUUGGAUCGGGAAGUUUAUAGAGGCCGGCAAGUUUGAUGAGAUUACUUCUUAUAUUCCUGUCGACAUCCUACCACCGCUCCCCGCAAAUGUCUUUGACGUUAUUCUCAAACAUUACAUUUCUCAUGACAAGCGGCGGUUUGAGCAGUUACUAGACUUGUGGCCGCCGGACCUGUUUGAUAUUUCAAGCAUCAUCUCAACGAUCGAGAGCUCACUGAACUCGCCAGAAGUCAAGGCGGAUUCAGAUGACUGGCGCAUUCUGACGGACAGACUAGCCAAGAUGUUCUUGGCUGAUGGGCGCCAGCGCGAGGCUUUACAAUGCUAUAUACGGCUACAAGAUGCCGAAACCGCUCUCUCUCUGAUCCGAGAAUUCCGGCUGGCACACGCCAUUUCCGACGACGUUUUGAAGUUUAUCCUCAUUCGUGUUUCAAAACAUCAGGUAGAAACGGCCUCUAUUGCUGAACUGGAAACUGCUACUGCCGAGUCCAUAAAAAUUCUUGUGAGAGAGGCAUACAACGGCAUUGUGCAUCCCGAGACGGUCGUGUCGCAGCUACAAAUUCCAUCUGGCCGCCUCUAUCUGUUCUUUUAUCUCCGCGCCCUCUGGAAGGGAGAAGACCACCCAUCCAAAACCGAAAAGACCCGUUUCCGAGGCCGAGGCCGUCACGCCAGAGACGCGGCGGAGAAACUCGCCGCAGAUGAGGGUAGAGCUCUGGUGGAACCAUUUGGCGAUAUUGCAGUAGAUUUGUUUGCAGACUAUGACCGACAAUUACUAAUGGAGUUUUUGCAAACAAGCACGUCUUAUUCUUUUGACGAAGCCUGCAAUAUCUGUGAAAUCCGACGGUACACGUCUGAGCUGGUAUACCUCCUCUCCAAGACCGGACAGACCAAGAGGGCUUUGAACCUGAUCCUUUCGGAUUUGAACGAUGUAUCCCAGGCAAUCGAGUUUGCCAAGGCCCAAGACGACUCUGACCUGUGGGAGGACUUGCUGAAUUAUUCCAUGGACAAACCAGCAUUUAUCCACGCCUUGCUGACUGAAGCCGGCACGUCGAUUGAUCCGAUCAAGCUGGUCAAGCGCAUCCCGAGCGGGUUGGAAAUUGAAGGACUCCGAGACGGCCUGACGCGGCUGCUUCGCGAUCACGACGUUCACGCUACUAUCAGCCAGGGGGCGACAAAGGUUUUGCAGAGUGAAGUCGCUGUCGGCAUGGACACUCUGCGACAGGGACAGCGGCGGGGUAUUAAAUUCGACGUCUGCGCAUUUCCUGGUGCCGCUUCACCGGCACCAGAAGAUGGGAAAGAAGAAGAGAAGAAAAAGGACGGGCAAAACGCAGACGACGAGGGUCUCGAGCAAGGCACGACAAGCAAACGUCCGCAAGUGGCACCAGGGUCAUGUGGAGGUUGCCUCAAGCCUUUCCAUGAGAAUGAAAGAGAAAUACUGGUUGGAUUUGCCUGCGGCCACGUCUUCCAUCUAUCUCACGUCCGAGAGCCUCGCCAUUCACAUGAUAAAGACGAAGACGAGGCAUCAUCAACUACCUCCAGCGAGACUAUUCAAGAACCCCAAAGCCACGAAGACGAUUCUUCAUAUUACAGCACGUCUCGAACCGUCGGGCCCAAAGUCACAGCAGCCCGGUUGAUACGCGAUCGGGUCGGCGACGGAUGUCGGAUUUGUGCGCUGGGUAGAGAGGUUGAAAAGGCUUCUGCUGCAGUGCAGUAG